GCCCUAAAAGGCUAAAACCCUCCACCGCCUCCUUUUUUUCCAGAGUCAGAAAAAAUGGCCACCCUCCCACUCCUGCGCCCCUCCGUCCUCCGCCACCCUAUCAAUCCCCUCCACCGCAAACUCCAUCCACCCCCUCCCCACAGCACCCAUCUCAAAUUCCCGCAGCCAUCAAAACCUGUCACUUCCCCUAUGUCCGUCUCCGCAUCCUCCAAAACUCCAACCCCCGCCGCAGACCGUCUAAUGUCAGCCGCAUCCUACUGCUACCCCCUCUUCAAUGGGUUCCAAUACGGCCGCUUCCUCUUAUCCGAGUACCCCAUUUUAGCGACUCCCUUUAAACCCAUCAUCCCUGUCGUGUCUGCCUACCACUCCAUCCCCUACGCCUCCUUCAUCUCCUUCUUCGCCUUCUACCUGGGCAUCGUCCGAAACCCGAACGUCAGCCGGUACGUCCGUUUUAACGCUCUUCAGGCUCUGGUACUCGACGUGGUCCUGGUGGUGCCGAUGAUGGUGCAGCAGAUUUUGUCUCCGGGGCUGAAUCUCACCAUCUUGGGAUACAAUUGCCUCUUUGUGUUCUUGGUGGCUUGCUUUGCUUAUGCACUUGGGUGUAGCGUGCUUGGGAAGACUCCUUACUUGCCUUUUAUUGCUGAGGCUGCCAGCAGACAAUUGGAUUACUCCUAAGUUUCUCACAUAUUUCUGAUUGCUGUGUAAAAAUUUUUGGUUGAUUAGGAAACAAAAAAUAGUGAUGUUUAUGCUUGUAACUUGUUGCAAAUGUGUUUUUUUUUUUUGUGUUCCCUUUCUUUUUUGUCAUUGACUUUGAGAAAGCAUACGCAAAAGUGGUUGA